AUGGAAGAAGAAAUUGCAAUUUUGGUUCAACACGAUGGUAAAUGGGAUAGUGAACACAAUUACAACAAUUUCAUAGUUGAUGGUGUGACACUAAAAGUGAGUUCGAAUUUGGAUACCAUCCUUGAUGAAAUGACGAAGAUACUUGGGGUUUAUGCUUCAACAGAUACAAUUGAAAUUAAAUAUUCUGUGAAGCAAAAUUAUACUCCAAUGAAGAUAUACAAUGAUAGGAGUUUGAGAUGGUAUUUGGAUUUGAAAAGAAAAAGUUCCUUCACAGAUUUUCCAUUGUGUAUAAUAUUGAAGGAAAAAAACUGUGACGGAAUUUUGUCAUUUUCUAAUCCUAUCAGUUCAAGUUCUAAUUCUACCCAUGAUAUGCAACUGGUAGAACGUGUUGAACUCACUCAAACACUUAUUUCGAUAGACAACAAUUACUCGCGUGAUGAAAUGGAAAUUGACGAAGAUGGUAUAAUCAACAACAGAGUUCAUAAAGACAUCAAAAAAGACAACAAUUACUCGCGUGAUGAAAUGGAAAUUGACGAAGAUGGUAUAAUCAACAACAGAGUUCAUAAAGACAUCAAAAAAGGUCAGUUGUAUAUGAACAAGGAGAUACUCCAAGAUGUUUUAAAUCGCAUUGCCAUCAAGGAAAAUUUUCAGUUCAAAGUUAAGCGUUCAAGUACGACAAGGUAUUAUCUUGUUUGUGUUGAUGAUCAGUGUUCAUGGUAUUUUAAGUCUUCCAGCCUUAAUAAUUCAAAUAUAUUCAAGGAGAGAAAAUUUUACAAUGUUCACACAUGUGGAAAUGAAUCAAGAUUUUUUUCACAACGUCAUGCUACUUCAAAGUUUGUAGGAGGCUUGUUAACAAGAAAUGUUGACAAUCCUAAGACAAUAUAUACUCCAGCCGAUAUACAACGUGACAUUAGAAAUCAAUAUGGUGUUGAUUUGAACUACAUGAAGGCAUGGAGGGAAAAAGAAAAGGCACUAGAGAUAUUAAGAGGUAAACCUAGAGAUUCAUAUGGAAAGUUGCCUAGCUACUUGUACAUGGUGAAGCAUACAAAUCCUGGAUCUGUUACAAGAUUGGAAAAGACAGACGAUGGACGUUUUUUAUAUGCAUAUGUAGCUCUUUACGCCUCAAUUAAAGGAUGGGAAUAUUGCAUGCCUAUUGUUGUUGUUGAUGGUAGUUUCUUAAAAGCAGCCUACAGGGGAACAAUUUUGACAGCUUGGACACAGGAUGCGGCAGUAGUCGAUUCAGAGAAUGAUUUAUCGUGGAAAUGGUUUUUCGAAAGGAUACGAGAGACCUAUGGCAUAAGAGAAGGUAUGUGUAUCGUAUCUGAUAGGCAUGAAAGCAUUCUGAACGCCACUUCUGAAGUGUAUCCAGGGGUGCCUCAUUGUGUAUACUUAUACCAUCUUUGGGGCAAUAUUAAGAAAAAUAUCAGGAAGCACCAUAAGGUCCUGAGAAAAAUAUUUUUUGCAAUGGCUAAUGCAUACACAACAGAGGAAUUCGAUCAUUAUAUGGCUGAGACCUAUAACAUUGACAAUAGGGUGAAAGAAUACUUAUUCGAAAUUGGAUAUGACAGAUGGUCGGUUGCACACUCCAAUGUCAAUAGAUUCAUGGUGAUGACUUCAAAUAUUGCAGAAUCUGUUAAUGCAGCUGAUAAAGAGGCCAGAGAUCUUCUUAUAUAUGAUUUGUUGGAUUACUUGAUGAAGAUGAUUGGUCGUUGGAACAAUACAAACAGGAAUGAAGCAAUUGCAACCGGCACAACACUAAGCACAAAAUAUGAAAACCUAAUGAUGGAGAAAAUGAAGGAAUCACACGGAAUGAUGGUUGUCCCGUCAACGGAAUAUUUGUAUACAGUUUAUGAUGGAGGUAAACGGCAUGUAGUCAAUAUGCGUGAAAGAAUAUGCACAUGUAGGCAAUUUCAAAUGGAUGUAAUGCCGUGUAAGCAUGCUUUGGCUAUCGUGAGAAAAUACUACAUGAGUGAAUAUGAAUAUUGUUCUGUAUACUACAAGAAAGAUAACCUACUAAACGCAUAUGAAGUUCCAGUGUAUCCUAUUCCUGACGAGAUUAUAUGGAAAAUUCCUCCAAAUGUCGCAGCAAAUAUUGUCCUACCGCCCAAGGGAAAAAUCAAACUUGGCAGGCCACAAAAGAUUAGAUACAAAAAUGGUGGUGAAUCAAGAACAAAGAAGUCAAGAAUUACAUGUGGAGUGUGUGGACAACAAGCUUUUGUUGUAGCACCAUCACAGUUUGAUUGGUUUCAAUUCAGAAGCAGGGUUUUAGCAGAGGUAAUUCCUGAUGAUGUCCCUUUUGUGGUUGUUGCAAUGUUAUUGAUGCAUCAGCAAGUAUCCUGUUUUUCAGUGUCAAUACUCCGCGUUAUACUAGCUGUGAACCUGAAACAAGGGGAUUAA